GCGCAUGCGUGAAGCGAGUUCAGCUCCUCCUGUCCGGUAGGCGGCGCUGCCUGCACACACGAGGUUUAAGCACAGCCGGCUGCUGCAUGUGACAUUGAUGUCAACAGAGGCAGAAUGAGGCUGACCGCGCUCCUGUCGAUGGCAGCCCGGGUCAUUGUGCCCAAGGACUACCGAUACGGCACCAACAGGCCGUGGACUGCGGUCGCUAAACGGUUGAACCCUCCGGGGAAGAGGAGGAGGAAGGUGUUCGUGGAGCCCAUAGCGCCGGAGGACUGGUCUGUUCUCAGAGGGGACAUGGUGGAGAUUCUCACAGGGAAGGACCAAGGGAAGCAGGGGAAAGUGAUCCAAGUCUUCAGACACAGAAACUGGGUUAUUCUGGAAGGACUGAACACACAUUACAGGUACAUUGGACGCACUGCAGGUUAUCGUGGAACCUACAUUGCCAGCGAGGCUCCCCUCCUGCUGCGUGAUAUCGCCCUUAUUGACCCCUCCGACAGGAAGCCCACUGAAGUGGAGUGGAAAUUCACUGAGGAGGGCGACAGAGUCAGAGUGUCUCUCAGGACGGGUCGAAUCAUCCCUAAGCCUGUUGUGCAGCGACGAGACGGCAUCGUGCCAGAGCAGUGGAAAGAUGGUCCCAAAGACACAAGUCCUGAGGACACUCUAGAAAAGACUUUUGUACCGUCCCUCAAAACGCUGGAGGAGGAGGUCAUGGAGAAACUGGGUAUUCAGGAGAACAGGCGAAACAGAAGAUCCUACUGGUACUGACCAGAGAAAAAGACACUCCCUCCCCAUGUCGUGAUACUAAUGUUUCGCAGCAAUUGAAGAUACCUUGUUGUUGGUUGAAGUCGAGCUGAAGGAUGUUGUGUCAGGAUCCAAUGUGUUUGGGUAAAAUCCUGGUGCAACACACAAAUGAAUAAGGAAACGAUAGCUCUGUAAAAAUGCUUGGAGGUUAAACAGAUGUGCAAACACAGCUGAUAUCAAACGUGUAACUUAAAUGUUUCUGAAAUGUGUUUCUUUAUAAAUAAAUGUCACAUUAACUAAUCA